AUCGAAUGCACAGUGACCAUGUUCCGAAGCGUUCUGAAUUAUAUCCUCAGCUUUGUCACCCUGUUCGGCCUCAUAUUUCUGCUGCGCAACAUCACCAUUGGGCAGAACUUCAGAAUGUCAGCGCUGUACGAGGUCCAGAACCGGAUCCAGUCAUCGAACCAAUCUAGAAGCCGCCCAACAUUUCACGACAAUCACACCUUAUAUCCCCAUUGGGGACAGCCACUGUUACCUGAAGAAGAGCUGGAAGAGGGGGACCUGUUGGACUCCAUCGCCUGUCCCCAGCCACCUCCUGGCUCAGCACCAACCAACUUGUCUCAGACGAGUGACCCGGCCCACAGCCUGUUUACAAUCGUCCCCUCCAAAAAUGAACAGCGUUGGUAUGUGGGCGACCAGCUGGAAGUGCAAGUCCACCUGCACGACUUCGAGGGACGACCCAAGCGCUACGGCGGCGAUUUCCUGUUGGCUCGGUUGCACUCCCCAAAAUACAAGGCGGGCGUGGCCGGGCAGGUGCUGGACCACAAGAACGGACUUUAUUCCGCUCGUUUCCCGCUGCUGUGGGAGGGCUCGGCUCAGGUUGCGGUCACGAUGGUACACUCGAGCGAGGCCGUCGCCGUGCUGCGGCGGCUGAGGGGGAAACGGCCGGAUCGGGUGUUCUUCGUCAGCCUUUUUCGCCAAGGCAAUCAUUCUAAGAAGAUGGUGUGCAACAUGUACCUGGCGCAAGACAAGGGGCCACUGUGCAACUACACGGACCUUCAUUCCGGAGAGCCGUGGUACUGCUAUAAGCCCAAAAUGCUCAGGUGCGAUGCCAGGAUCAACCACGCCAAGGGAGGCUACCUCAAAAACAUCAUCACCAAAAAGGAAGCUUUGCUCUUUAAGAGUGGUGUGAAUGUCAAAGUUCCCAUCCGUGCAUCCACAUCGGAUACCAUCAACGUGUUUCCUCCCAGGAAAGAAAGCGACAGUCAAAAACCAGACCCUGUGAAGUUGGCGACAUCUGGGUACUACUACCAGGACUCGUGGAGGCCAUUGGGCGGCGUCACCAUGCGGCACUUUGAUAAGACGUCCAUCACUCAGUGUUUGACCAAGAAGUUGGUGUACAUGUACGGCGACUCCACCAUGCGCCAGUGGUUCGAAUACCUUGUUGCUGUGGUUCCGGAGCUGAAGGAAUUCAACCUGCACAGUCCAAAAAAGGUGGGGCCCUUAAUGGCGGUGGACAGCACCCACAACAUUCUGCUGAAGUAUCGCUGCCACGGGCCACCCAUCCGCUUCUCCACCGUCACGGCCAGCGAGUUGCGCUACAUCGCCAACGAGCUGGACGGCCUGGCCGGCGGUCCCAACACGGUGGUGGCGCUCAGCAUCUGGUCUCACUUCAGCACCUUCCCCGCGGAGGUGUACAUACGCCGCCUCCGGCACAUCCGCAAGGCGGUGGUGCGACUCCUGGACCGGGCGCCGGGGACGGCGGUGGUGGUCCGCACGGCCAACCCUCAGGCCCUGGAAGGGGACGCCAGCCUGUACAACAGCGACUGGUUUUCGCUGCAGCUGGACACGGUGCUGCGCGCCGUGUUCAAGGAUCUCGACGUUAUGCUGGUGGACGCCUGGCAGAUGUGCGUGGCGCACCGCCAACCUCACAACGUGCACCCUCCUACGGCCAUUGUCAAGAACAUGGUAAACAUGAUGUUGUCCUACGUUUGUCAUGACGGGACCGGGAACAUUGUGUGAAUUUCACAAAUCGAACCGUGAAGGUGGACAGUACAAAAGAGUACUUGGGCCUCACUGUAAAUGAGAAUCCCCCGCAAAGUUGGAAUUGAAUAAGUCGUGUUAUUAUUUUUAUUGUAUUAUUAAAAAUCGAUUAAACAAUAAUUAGAUGCAUGAAUAAAAUGUCACCAAAUUGUCAAUUUAAUUUUAAUUAUUGUUAUUUUCUUCGCAUAUUUAUUUAUUUAUU